AGGUACCUAAGGAGUCAAACCUCCGAUAUAAGCCGAUAUAGACAAGUGGAGAUACCCCAAUUGACGAGGAUGAGUAUAACUCGGCAUAGGUGAAUGAAUACCACCUUUGGACACAAUUAACUUUCGUGCAACGUUUAUACACCUAGAUAUCCAUUCUACAAGAUCCACUGUCCGCGACAAGCCCCAAUCUAGACCAAGAGCGGCCCAAGUCCCGUAUAGAAGUAUCAUAAUCCUAUUUCCUUUAAACAGAUAAGAUAUCCGUGACUCACUAUAAAAGCACAUACCUACCUACUUCUCUACCUAGCUACACAAUGACAAUCAUAUACCAGCCCGAAAAUGCAGAUAAGCCCCAACCCGCAGCAAUGACCUCUCCACCCUCACCCUCACCCUCACCCUUACCCCAAACCCCCUUCGGCGCCGCCUUCCGCAACCGGCACUUCUCCUUCAGCCCCGCGUACACGCCGCUGAACCACGGCUCCUACGGCGCCGUCCCGGCGGACGUGCAGGCCGCGCACGCGACCCUCCGCGCCGCGGUCGACGAGGCGCCCGACCCGUUCAUCGCGCUGCGCUUCCAUGAGCUGCUCGCGCCGCAACGCAAGCUCGUCGCCCGGCUCUUGGGUUUGGGUGCAGAUGCGGACGAGCUCGUGUUCGCGCCCAACGCGACUACGGCGUCGGAUACCGUGCUCAAGAACCUAAGGUGGGAAAAGGGAGAUGUGGUUUUGUGCUAUGAGCUUGUUUAUGAGAGCGUGGAUCACGGGUUAGCUUGGCUGGAGGAGGAGAGGGGUGUUGAGGUGUGUGUUGUGCGUGUGGCGUGGCCGGUGGCUGAUGAGGAGCUCGUUGCCGCGAUGGUGGAUGCUGCGAGGAAGGUUAAUGGCGAGGAGGGGCGUAGGGUGAGGUUGGCGGUCGUGGAUACGAUUGUGAGUAUGCCCGGGGUGCGCGUGCCGUUUGAGAGAUUGGUUCCUGCGCUGCAGGCUGAGGGGGUGCUGGUCUUGGUUGAUGGCGCGCAUGGGAUUGGACAUAUUGAUAUCGAUCUCGCGCGGCUUAAGCCGGAUUUCUUCGUUACGAAUUUGCAUAAGUGGUUCUUUGUGCCUAGGGGUUGCGCCGCGCUGUACGUCCCGAAGAGGCAUCAGCAUUUGAUCCGGACGACGCUGCCGACGGGGCAUAGGUAUCGGUCUAGGAAGACGAUAGGGCGGGAGGGCGACGAUAAGGGGUUUGUGGAGAUGUUUGAUUUUGUUGCUACUGAUGAUACGACGGCUUGGUUGUGCGUUGAGGCCGCUCGCAAUUUCCGUAACGACGUCUGCGGUGGUGAGGCCGCCAUCCAGGUAUAUUGUCACAGAGUAGCGCAGGAGAGCGCAGCUGUCGCCGCCGAGAUCCUAGGAACAUCUAUCAUGGACUGUCCUGGUUCAUGUCUACGGGACUGUGCCUUCGCCAAUGUGCGACUGCCACUCGACAUAGGCACCGACGGCCCCGGCAAAGUCGACCCGGCGCAUGCUAACAAGGUUUCGGACUGGUUUAAGAAGACGGGAUAUCGUGAGAAUGGUAUAUACUUCCAGACGGUGCUUUAUAGGGGUGUCUGGUGGUGGCGUAUCAGCGGCAUGAUUUAUGUCGAGGUAGAGGACUUUAGGAAGGGCGCCGAGAUAUUAAAGGGGCUUUGCGAGAGGGUUAGAAAUGGUGAGCAUGUUAAGGGGUAGGGCCUCCCUCGCACCAGUUGCGAUUCUCUCAGGGUUAGCGACGUAGAGGAGAGGGGUGGAUUAAGGAUAUAUCAACCCAAAUAUCUUUUAUAAAUGGUUGAUUACCUAAGAUUAUGAUUGUCUGAGAUCACAUUUUGGAGUCAAGUUAUAGAUAUAGUCAUAAAUCUCCUUGUCAUAGAGUACAUGAAAAUGUUAGAUAUACCAAUACCCCUCGAUAAUUGCUGAG